AUGAAAAAACUGGAGUGUUGCCAAGUUUCAAUCCUUUCUAACAUCCCUGCUACCUUUAACUCCCCAGUUGGACUCGCUGCCUUCAUCCUGGAGAAGUUCUCCACAUGGAAUGACCUAGACUUCCAGGAUCAUGAGGAUGGAGGACUUGAGAGGAAGUUCUCAUUGAACGACCUUUUGACCAACGUCUACUGGGUGACAGGCUCCAUCGUUUCCUCCAUGAGAUUCUACAAGGAGGCUCUUGGCAAGGGCAUUGAAACAGCUAAGCAUGAGAAGGUUCCAGUGACGGUUCCCACAGGCGUCGUCUCCUUCCCCAACGAGCUGGUGCAUUGUCCUCCCCUCUGGGCCAAGCAGAAAUACCUCAAUAUUGUCUCCUUUAAUUACAUGCCCAGGGGCGGCCAUUUUGCAGCCUUCGAGAAGCCAGAACUUCUGGCUAAGGACGUCCAACAGUUUGUAAGCUACUGCUAAAGUGCAGACAUUUCAUUUCUCUCCAUCAUUCAUAUGGGGCGGUUGCUGUAACUAAACAAUAACAUUUAGAUAUAAAGAAAGAGAAUGUAACCGCACCAUUAAAGGAUAUGCUAAGCCUAAAAUAAAACACUGGUUUGAAAACCCCAGAGGUUCAGCAGCCCUAUAACAGUAAUGAUCCAGGUCUUUUUGUGUCCCCAGCAGCUCCCCAUCUUGGAUGUUGUUAGGAAUAUUUUCUGUGUCAGUGGCUCUGCACAUGCUCAGUGGGCUCUGGGCUGCUGGUGAGACAC